CGAUACAGAGUUCAGUCGACCGGCAUCUAGUUAGGUUAUUUCACGUUCCAUAAUUUGCACAUUUCAUUUUUAUUUUGUUUUACAAUGGCGUACAUAGUAGAUAUGCGUUCGGAUACCGUAACAAAGCCUACUAAGGCGAUGAAACAUGCUAUGGUGAAUUCUGCGUUGGGUGAUGAUGUGUUUGGAGAGGACCCAACGGUGAAUGCCUUGGAAAGUAAGAUUGCGGCUUUGAUGGGGAAGCCUGCAGCGUUGUUUGUGCCUUCUGGUACCAUGUCCAAUUUGAUUGCGAUCAUGGUGCACUGCAAUAAGCGAGGCUCGGAAGUCAUUGUUGGAGACAAGGCACACAUAUACAAAUAUGAACAAGGCGGUGCAGCACACGUCGGCGGCUGCCUGUUGUCCACGAUGGAGAACAAUUCCGACGGCACCUUCGACCUGGGGAAGAUGGAGACACGCAUCCGAGGCACCGACUUACACGAGCCAAUCACGUCGCUCGUCUGCAUUGAGAACACGCAUAACGUUUGUGGCGGGAAGGUAUUGCCCAUGAAAUGGCUUGAUGAGCUGUCUGCCAUCUGCAAGAAACAUUCAUUACCUAUACAUGUGGAUGGAGCGCGCAUAUUCAACGCGGCAGCAUACCUGAACGUUCCCGUAAAAGAAGUAGUCAAGCACUGCGACAGCGUAUCCGUGUGUUUCAGCAAAGGCCUGAGUUGUCCGGUCGGCUCGGCGCUAGUGGGCUCCGUACAUUUCAUUGAACAAGCGCGACGUGUCCGUAAAAUGUUAGGGGGCGGCAUGCGGCAAGCCGGAGUGUUGGCGGCGUGUGCGCUUGUGGCGCUCGAUGAAAUUGUUCCGCAGCUGGAGGUGGACCACAAACGCGCAAAUAGGAUGGCUAAAGUAAUCGAAGGCAUGUUCCUCAAAUGCUUCACCGUGGACAUCCAGAACCAGCACACCAACAUAGUUCUGGUGAGACUCACUCCGAAAUGUCCCGUCGGAGCGGGAAGGGUGGUACAGAGGUUAGCGCAAGUGUCACUGCAGGAGACUCAGGGCGACUGCAAAACGGCAAACGACGAAGGCGUGAUAUUGAAAAGCAUAAUAUUCGACGACCAAACCAUACGCUUUACACUCCACAACGGCAUUACGGACGAGGACCUGUGGCUGGCCAUCAUGAAGAUCACCUACGUGUUCAAGGAAAUUGAGGCGGAGGCGGGGAAGGCUACGCAAAUUUAGAA